AUGUUUCUUCUCAAGAUGUCAUGGUUCCGCCGAUCAAAACCUGAUGCGGGAAAAAUCAAAAUCCGAAUAAAAACUGAUAUUGGCAUUGAAGAGAAAGAUUCAUCCGUGCCUGAUACCAUUCGUCCCACAACCGCCCCUCAUAACGAAACAGAGCUGAUUAUCAACCAACUUGCUGCCUUGGCCGCCACAGUAAGCCACACAUCAACCAGCAUAGCCCAGUCAAAUCCAAAGGCUUCCAAGACGGAAUAUCGAGAUGAAGAGGAAACGUUUCAUCACCUCAGCAGCUGGAUAACAACAUCACACUUACCUCCACCAAGUCACACUUCAAAACCAUCCACAUCAACACUAGCAUCCAAGUUUGGGCGGCGCGAGUGUCAAACCCAUGAUAAGAAGCGGGAGUCGUCUAUUCUUAAUCUGAACAUUGGAGAUCUGCCCGCUUUGCCGUUCCCAAGAACUGGAAAAGGCAAGGGCAAGCCUGGCCCAAGAUAUAGUCCGCUUCCUCCGCCAUUUGUGCCAAAGUCGUUCACUAUGAGACCUAGAGUUUUGUUGUAG